GGGUCGGAUCCAAGAAAUCGCGCAGACCAACCGGCAGGAGGUGCCAAGAAAUCGACACAAUCGCAGAGAAAUUCUCAGAUCUCAUAAGUAUAACUGGGCUGGGAUCUCGAAUUGCGAUUGGGGUUUGGAAUUUUUUCUUUUUUUAAGAACUGGAUUGGCGUCUGCGAAUUUUGUUUUGAUUGAUUGUAGCGGGAGAAGGGGAUUGGGGAAAUGUUGACCAAGUUUGAGACGAAGAGCAAUAGAGUGAAAGGAUUGAGCUUCCACAGCAAGCGGCCAUGGAUCCUGGCGAGUCUUCACAGCGGCGUGAUCCAGCUCUGGGACUAUCGGAUGGGCACUCUCAUUGAUCGAUUCGAUGAGCACGACGGCCCCGUUCGGGGUGUUCAUUUUCACAAGUCGCAGCCGCUCUUCGUUUCGGGAGGUGAUGAUUACAAAAUCAAGGUGUGGAACUAUAAAUUGCACCGAUGUUUAUUUACACUUCUUGGUCAUCUUGAUUAUAUUCGGACGGUUCAGUUCCAUCACGAGUCUCCCUGGAUAGUAAGUGCAAGUGAUGAUCAGACGAUUAGAAUUUGGAAUUGGCAAUCACGUACUUGCAUUUCUGUCUUAACGGGGCACAAUCAUUAUGUUAUGUCUGCUUCAUUUCACCCGAAAGAAGACUUGGUUGUGUCUGCUUCGCUGGAUCAGACUGUCCGUGUCUGGGACAUUGGUUCGCUGAAAAAGAAAACAGUAUCCCCUGCUGAUGAUAUUCUGCGAUUGUCUCAAUUGAACUCGGAUCUCUUUGGUGGGGUUGAUGCUGUUGUGAAGUAUGUCUUGGAGGGCCACGACCGGGGGGUUAACUGGGCUUCUUUUCAUCCGACACUUCCUCUAAUUGUUUCUGGAGCUGAUGACCGCCAAGUGAAAAUUUGGCGUAUGAACGAUACAAAGGCUUGGGAGGUGGACACAUUGAGAGGACAUAUGAACAACGUUUCAUCCGUCUUGUUUCACGCAAAGCAGGACAUUAUUGUAUCGAACUCAGAAGAUAAGAGCAUCAGAGUUUGGGAUGCUACUAAGCGAACCGGAUUGCAGACUUUCCGCAGGGAGCACGACAGGUUCUGGAUCCUUUCAGCACACCCUGAGAUGAAUCUAUUGGCUGCUGGUCAUGACAGCGGCAUGAUUGUUUUCAAGCUGGAGAGAGAACGGCCGGCAUUUUGUGUCAGUGGCGAUUCAGUCUUCUAUGUGAAAGACCGGUUUCUUCGUGUAUUUGAGUUUCCAACUCAAAAAGACACUCAACUCGUACCUGUCCGUCGCCCGGGCUCCAAUGGUCUGAAUCAAGGACUCCGAACACUUUCUUACAGCCCUUCUGAAAAUGCUGUUUUAGUUUGUUCUGAGGCUGACGGCGGUUCUUACGAACUCUACACCAUUCCCAAAGAUAGCUACGGCAGAGGCGACGCAGAGGCUAAAAAGGGCUCAGGAGCUUCAGCAAUUUUUGUGGCACGGAAUCGAUUUGCUGUUCUAGAGAAGACGAGCAACCAAGCACUCGUAAAGAAUCUGAAAAAUGAAAUCGUGAAGAAGAGCCUUCUCCCAAUUGCUACCGACGCUAUAUUCUACGCGGGAACUGGAAAUCUGCUUUGUCGAGCUGAGGACAGGGUCGUCAUUUUCGAUCUCCAGCAAAGGAUCAUCCUCGGGGAUCUUCAGACCCCUUUUGUAAGAUACGUAGUUUGGUCUCAUGACAUGGAAAGCGUUGCCUUACUGAGCAAGCAUUCAAUUGUCAUUGCGGAUAAAAAGCUCGUGCACCGGAGCACAAUUCACGAGACUAUUCGUGUCAAGAGUGGCGCGUGGGAUGAUAACGGCGUUUUUAUCUACACCACGUUGACGCACAUCAAAUACUGUCUUCCGAACGGGGAUAACGGAAUCGUCAAGACUCUGGAUGUUCCCGUAUAUAUUACAAAAAUAUAUGGGAACACGAUCUUUUGCCUGGAUAGGGACGGGAAGAACCUUCCUAUUAUUAUCGACGCAACUGAGUAUAUCUUCAAGCUAUCGUUACUGAGGAAGAGAUACGAUCAAGUCAUGGCGAUGAUUAAAAAUGCAGACUUAUGCGGGCAGGCUAUGAUCGCGUAUCUGCAGCAGAAGGGCUUCCCUCAAGUCGCGCUGCACUUUGUGAAGGAUGAACGAACUCGCUUCAACUUAGCUCUUGAAAGCGGUAACAUCGAGAAAGCCCUUGAAUGUGCUAAGAAAAUCGACGACAAUGAUUACUGGUACAGGCUAGGCGUGGAGGCUCUCCGGCAGGGGAAUACGGGGAUAGUCGAAUAUGCGUAUCAGAAAACGAAGAACUUCGAGAGGCUCUCGUUUCAUUACCUGAUAACCGGUAAUCUCGACAAAUUGUCGAAGAUGAUGAAGAUUGCCGAGGUGAAAAAUGACAUUAUGGGACAGUUUCAUGACGCACUCUAUCUUGGCGAUGUCCGCGAGCGCGUAAAGAUUCUUGAGAAUUCCGGCCACUUACCCCUGGCUUAUAUCACGGCUGCUAUCCACGGCCUUAACGAUAUCUCCGAUCGAUUGGCUGCUGAACUCGGCGAUAAUGUUCCGUCUGUGCCGGAGGGGAGGAAAGCUUCUCUGUUGAUUCCUCCAACUCCGGUGCUCUGCGCCGGAGAUUGGCCGUUGCUGAUGGUAAGUAAAGGGAUAUUCGAGGGCACCCUUGAUGACACCGGAAAAGGAGAGCACGAGUAUUACGAAGAGGCUGCCGACGCCGACUGGGGAGAGUCGUUGGAUAUCGGUGAAGUUGACACCUUGCAGAACGGCGAUAUCGGUAUACCUGUGGGCGAUGUCGACGUGCCCGACGAGAACGAUGAGGAGGGUGGGUGGGAUCUCGAGGAUCUCGACCUGCCGCCGGAUUCCGAAACGCCAAAGACAUCGACGAAAACGAGCUCAGCCGUGUUCGCCGUUCCCACCCCGGGUAUGCCCGUCAGUCAGAUUUGGGUUCAAAAAUCGUCUCUCGCUGCCGAACAUGCCGCAGCCGGAAACUUCGACACGGCGAUGCGUUUGCUGACUCGUCAGCUGGGUAUACGCAACUUCGUGCCGUUGAAGACGCAGUUCAUCGAUCUGCACCUCGGCAGCCACAGUUACUUGGCUGCCUUCACGUCUGCGCCGGUGAUCUCAUUAGCGGUCGAGAGAGGUUGGACCGAGUCAACGAGCCCGAACGUGCGAGGUCCGCCGUCGCUCGUCUACAACUUCUCGCAGCUGGAGGAGAAAGUCAAGGCCGGAUACAAGGCGACGACUGCCGGAAAAUUCUCCGAUGCCCUUAAACACUUCCUGUCGAUUCUUCACACCGUUCCGCUUAUCGUCGUCGAGACGCGCCGGGAGGUCGAUGAAGUCAAAGAACUGAUCGUCAUCGCGAAAGAAUACGUCCUCGGAUUGCAGAUGGAGCUGAAGCGACGGGAACUGAAAGACGAUCCCGAUCGCCAGCAGGAGCUCGCGGCGUACUUCACCCAUUGUAACCUCCAGCUUCCCCACACGAGGCUCGUCUUGAAGAAUGCCAUGGUCGCCUGCUUCAACGCGAAGAACCUCAGCACGGCGGCCAAUUUUGCACGGAGGCUUUUGGAGACGAAUCCGAGCAACGAGAAUCAGGCAAAGACGGCUCGGCAAGUCCUGCAGGCUGCGGAGAAGAAUAUGAAGGACGCGACCCAACUGAACUACGAUUUCAGAAACCCAUUCGUCGUAUGCGGGGCGACGUAUGUCCCGAUUUACCGUGGCCAGAAAGACGUUACGUGCCCCUACUGCACCACGCAUUUUGUCCCGGCCCAGCAAGGGCAGCUCUGCGCCGUGUGCGAUCUGGCGGUGAUCGGAUCCGAUGCUUCGGGAUUGCUCUGCUCUCCAUCCCAGAUAAGAUGAUCGAUUCGAUUUGAUUCGAUUCGAUUCGGGUUUGUGAUACACUAGUUGUCUGUUUGUUUUUGUGUUUGUGGCUCUCAAUUGCAGAUGAGUUUGGGACGACGACGCCAUGGAUGGAUCAAGGGUAAGAAUUCAUCCGUACAGAAGUACUUGCUUCAAUUCUUCUUCAUUGACACAUACUAAUCUUAUCCUUAUGAUUUUCUACAGUUUUUUGUUGUGACAAAUUAAGUUGUGUUAAGAUUUUAAUCCAAACUGGCUUGGUUGGAUAUAUAUAUAUAUAUAUAUUGAUAUUGUGGGAAAUUAUGUUCCCUUUUUGCAUAUGUGACACUGUUUUGGACUAUAGUUGUUAUGUUUUCUUGCAGGUGCAUGUAAUAGACAUUAUUAUCAUUUUCCUACACAUAUAUCACAAUACUUGUCGAUGACACUUGCUAUCAUUGUUUAUAUUUUACAAGUU